AUGUCGGUGGAGGGUGGAGAGAUUUCGGCGAAAGGACUAGCACUGUCCUCCAAGCGGCCGAAACCGUGGGUAUUCUUGGAUUAUAUGUCCUUGUUCCAGUUCGUCAGAAGUUCCGACGAGGAGCAAUGCUACCAGAGGGCCGUGCAAGGCAUACACGCGAUGUAUGCGCACGAGCACACGCGCACGCUGCGCAUUGCGCGUCUCACGCCUGCCGAGUGGAAGCACGAGAAUGCCAAACGGCUCAAAGUGUACUUCGAGCCUGAGAAGUGCGUGAAGGAGGUAGCAGCUUGGUUCUUGAUUCCGUCGUUUUUUGCCGUGUCGGACCUUCUCUUGAAUGAAGUUCCAUUCCUGAAGCGCGGAUGGUGCUUUUCGGAGACGCAGUGGUCGGCGAGCCGCACUGCCACCUCCCGGUCCUGGGAGGUGGAUAGCACCGAGGCAGACCCUGCAGGCGAGCUGCCGAUGACGCCCGAAGCCUUCGAAACCCAGGUGAAGGAGGGUGGCCUCACGUUUUCGCAUGCCCAGGACGCCAAGUUCGUCAGGCAGCUGCAGCUGCGAGUCUUCCAGUAUAGGGCGAAGGCCAUCAAAGAGCUGAAGCUCUCUUCGCUGGGAGAGAGGGAGCUUGAAUCUGCCAUGGAGACCCUGCAGCACUACACAGGUCUUGAGACUCUUGAGAUCACGAAUUGCAAGCUCCCUGUGCAGCUCCCAAGCAUGCUCAAGGCCAUUAUGCAUAUGCAGAUUCUGGCAUUGUCUGUGGACCAGAGCGGCAUGGAUGACAGCAGUGCAUGUGCCCUUGCGAAGGCGCUGGAACAGAACAAAGCGCUGAAAAGCCUUAGCCUGCGCAAGAACAAUAUCAAGGACGGUGUCGUGGCAUUGGUCAAGGCGAACAACCCAGAACUAACGAAGCUGGACGUCAGCGAAAACGACAUUGGGCCUUGCGCCCUGACGAUCUUCAAGUACGCCAAGGGCCGCAAGCGUGAAGUGGUUCACCGGGACGUCGGUUUCUUCAUCGAUGCAGAGGAGCCUGGCGACACCGAGUAUCAAAAGGCCGACAGCUUGAGCCUCCUGCUUACCAGUGAGGAGCAGGUGCUUCGUUUCGUUGAGAUCAUCUCCGCCCUGGGUUCUCCGUUGAUGCGGCUGAAGCUCACGAUGCAAAGCGAGCCUUGUUGCGACGUGCUACCUGCCAUCGGAAAGUUGCAGCAGCUCACAUCCUUGAGCUUGGACAUGAAAGCAAGGUCGAUCCAAGAUGCUGGAUGUACUGCCUUAGCAGAGGCGUUGGGCCAGCUCAAGCAGCUUCAGUCCGUGACUUUGAAUUUGAGGUCCAACUCUAUCGGUGAUGAAGGCUGCAGAGCUUUGGCAGAAAAGCUUCGGCACUCGCCGCAGCUCACCACCAUGAACUUGCACCUCGAUGACAACCAGAUCAACAACACAGGGUGCCUACUUUGGGCACUGAACUUGCGCGAAAUGCAGCAGCUCACCAGCAUGAGGGUUAGCUUCCGGGGGAACAAGGAAAUCAGCGGUGACGCCUGGGCGGAGUACCUGGAGGCAGUGGGAAAUUUGAGAAGGCUACGGCACGUCACCCUGGUGAGUCUUCGGCGGCGCACGAUCGAAGCUUCACCCAAGGCUUUGAAAGGAGUGGUGGGUCAUCUUCGGGAGCUAUACCUGGCCAGUGCAGCAAGACAUCGCAGGGCUGGAGCUUCAGUGUGCAGUACCUUGGCAGGAGCACUAAGCCAGCUGCAGCAGCUGAGAUCUAUUGGUUUGGAUGUUGCCGAUAACUUCGUGGACGACUUGGGGUGCACUGCCCUGGCAGAUGCACUCGGCAAGUUGCAGUGGCUCACAACCAUGAGCUUGGACAUGAGCUGCAACUCUAUCAGAGACGCAGGCUUCCGUGCUUUGAGCGCAGCACUUCGUCGGCUGCAGCAGCUGAAACAUGUGACCUUGAACUUGAGGUCCAACUGCAUGGGAGACGCCGGAUGCCGUGAUCUGGCAAAGGUCUUGGGGCAGCUUCCCGAGCUUUCCUCCCUGAGCUUGGACAUCGGAUUCAACACGUGGAGGAAGGACAUAGCACUGACUGCCUGGACACAGACGCUCUCUCAGCUCCGGGACCUCGCUUUCGUGAGCCUGGACAUGGAGAAGCGGCCGAAAAAUCGACACCUCCUUCUCCAACGAGAGCUUGGCAAGACCCGGUGGGCCUCUUUGUACACGGCCUUUGGACAGGCCCUGGGGAAACUCCAGCGAGUGGAGAUCCUCCACUUGGGUCUCAGGGGAGCCAUCGGUUCGGUUGUGGGUUGCACCGGCUUGGUGAACGCACUGGGAUCACUUGCUCAGCUGCAGAAGCUCCGUUCCCUGAGCCUGGACCUGGAGAGAGAUUGCCUCACGGGGCAGGGCUGCGAUGCCUUAGCGAAGACGCUGGGCCAACUGCAGCACCUGACUGCUUUAAGCCUGGCAGUUGCAGAGAACAGGAUCGAGGCCAGUGGCUGCUUCGCCCUAGCAACCGGCCUGGGCCAGCUGAAGGAGCUGACUUCUCUGAGACUCCGUGUGUCCCAAAACUGCACCACCGAAGAAGGGCGCGCCUUCCUCAAGGAUGCAUUCUCUCGGAUGCAAGGUCGAGGUCUCGGCUUCGAAUGGAAGUUGGAGGAGCUUUGA